UCGAUCACACCACGAAAUUACACUCGAUGUUAGGUUAUCUUCACGUUCCUGGUUUUAUUCGUGUUUAAGAGCGUCUGAUGCAGCUGGCAAUUUCGUAUUGAAAAAAAAGUCACAGGGAAGCUUCGUCGAUCGAGACGUCCCGUACGAUUGAUUGGUGACUGACGUCGAAUCAGGAGUCACCUCGCCAAGGCUGUAAUAAGGAAGUAUGGCUGCGACAGCGAAGACUAUACUGCCCGAGGAGAGCGAGCUGAACGUUCAGGAGCUGAAUGUCAGCUGGCCGGUCCUCCAGACCGCGUCUGUUUACAUCGGCAAGGCCUGCGAGUGGUACAACAAUGAAUUUAUGUUAUGUAGAGAAGAAGAAGGCGACCCACGUCGUUGCCUCGAUGAGGGAAAACACGUGACUGCUUGUGCAAUGGAUGUUCUGAAAAAAAUGAAGAAACACUGCCUGGAAGAUUUUAAUGCAUACAUGUACUGUCUCGAGAGAUCAUCAGGAACGCUAGAUCUUAAUAAAUGUCGAAAAACACAAGCUGCUUUGGAUGAUUGUGUUAAGAAUAAUAUGAAUAUAGAACGUCCACCUUUUGGAUACUUUUGCGAAGCCAAAGUACACAAUACAUCGAGACCACGACCACCGCCAAGGGAUGAGCCUAUAAUAUUUCCAGAUCCAACUCCUGGACUAUCACAAGACGUACCACGUGAGAAAGCGAAAUAUCAUAAUCGCUUUUGGUAUAAAUCUUAAGUCUCUUGAAAAAUAUCAUUAGUACUUUGGUCACGCUGCAAAAAUUAUAUUCGCAACAUUUAUCAAAUAAUUAAAUAAUUAUUAGGGAAUCGAGCAUAUGCAAUUUGUAGUAUGCUUCCGAAUAUUGUAGGCACGUUUGUUUCAUACAAAAAUGAAUAGAACUUGCUAUUGUAUAUUAUCUUGUGAAUAUAAAUUUGUAACAACAAAGUGAUAAGUCGCUUAAUUAUUGUUGUUAAAACUUGUACAAAUAUAAAUAUAGAGCA